AUGGAAGCCGUUGCCGUCUCAUAUGCUGACGACGACUCCAUUGAGAAGCGAGCAGGUGAACGAGCAUUCAUUCCCAUCGAAGAGCGAGGUGGAGCCAGAGCCUUCUUCCUAGACGAAAAACGAGGAGGAGGCAGAUCAUUUCAAGUAGACAAAAAGGGAGGAGCACGAACAUUUACGGAAAAACGAGGCGGAGCACGUGCAUUUGUACCACUUGAGGAACGGGGCGGAGCU